AACUUUUUUCUUUCGUGUAAUUAGAGUAAUCUUCCCUCACGUAAAUGAGCGCAGCUCUUUGGCGUUUUCAUUUUCGCACAGGAACAAUGUGUACCAGACGCAAUGAUUCAGGAUGCUCCAGAUGAACCACUUCUUUAGAGUUCCGUUCAGUAAGAUGAAUUGUAAACCAAGGUUCUGACAUGAGAUGAACCUAACACUGUUGGCAGAAGUGACUAAAUAGCAGUCUGUGGAGGGAUUUCUGAAAGAAGAGUUCAUUUGAGGAUGAGGAACAAGUACGCAGUCAUCAUCAUCUGCAUUGUGGCACUUGUCAUCAUUGAAAAGGAAAACAAUAUUAUUUCAAGGGUCUCAGACAAGCUGACUCUCCGACGGACACCAGAGCCUCCAGUGCCCUACAAUGCUUCCAAUACUCUGGUAGCAACAGGGGACAACAGUUCCUAUCUAGAGAGCAUUUAUGGUAAAAAUGGUAGUCAAGCAGGUCGAAAGCACAUCCUCUUAAUGGCCACAACACGGACAGGAUCUUCCUUCGUAGGAGAGUUCUUCAACCAACAGGGCGACAACAUGUUUUACCUCUUUGAACCGCUCUGGCAUGUGGAGAGGAUGCUAUCCAUUGGCUCGAGUGGCACAAAUGGCAGCAUGUCUGUUUGGAUGUACAGAGACGUCCUGCAGCAUCUUUUCCUGUGUAACUUCUCAAUGUUGGAGCGCUUUAUCAGCCCUCCUCCACGGCAUCACGUUACCCCUUCCCUGUUUCGCAGAGAGUCCAGCAAAGCCCUUUGUGAGGAGCAAGUCUGCACUCCAGUUGUAAAGUACAUUUUUGAGAGGUACCAUUGCAAGACGAGACGUUGUGGGCCGCUUAAUUUGACCAUGGCGUCCGAGGCUUGUCUAGGAAAACAGCACAGGGUGAUCAAAACAGUGAGAGUUCGUCAACUAGACACACUUCGUUCUCUAGUAGAGGACCCUCGGCUGGAUGUCAAACUCAUACAGCUUGUGCGAGACCCUCGAGCUAUCCUGGCUUCGAGGAUGGUCGCAUUUGCUGGCAAGUACCAGAACUGGAAAAGUUGGGCUGUCAAUGGGGAUGUGCCAAUAGAGGAUGAAGAGGUUAAGCGCCUUGAAGGAAAUUGUAACAAUAUCCGAAUCUCCGCCGAGCUGGGCUUAAGUCAACCAAAAUGGCUGAAAAAACGCUAUAUGCUAGUACGUUAUGAGGAUAUCGCCCGGUACCCCAUGCAGAAAGCAGCAGAAAUGUACAAUUUCACAGGCAUCCCGAUGACGACACAAGCAAGGGACUGGAUCCUCAGGAACACACACGCAUCAACAGAGGCAAACGGAGUGUAUUCAACACAAAAAAACUCUUCAGAACAAGUAGAGAAAUGGCGGCUCAGUAUACCAUUCAAACUGGCUCAAGUUGUACAAAAAGUCUGUGGACCGACCAUGAAACUUUUUGGGUACAGGUUUAUAGACAGUGAACAAACACUUUUAAACAAAUCUUUCAGUGUGCUGGAAGAAAAGCAAUUUAUUUAGUCCUAAAUUGUUUUUGAAUUGGUAAAGGAAAACUAAGCAUGAAUUGCUAUAUGCAUAGCAGAGACACACUGGCACAAUGUAGCACACUGGGACAUUGUUUAAGUCCAAAGUAUACUUCAUUUUUAUAUAUGCUUGCUGCGCAGGGCUCCAGACUAGCUUUUGAGAGCGGUGGCACUGGUGCUACUAAGCUCUACAGAUGGUGACACCAACACCAGAUUUGUUAGUGCUGUAUGUAAUUUUUGUCUCUUAGAAAUACACAUUUAACAGUAGACUGAGUUAAGAGCUAAAAUCCAGACAUAUACAGUAUAUAUUUUCAU